UCUCAGCGAGGCCUCCCUGCCCCUCCACCUCCCGCUCGGGCGUCGUUCCCUCCUCGCGGCGCGGCGCGGCGGGGUCAUGGCGUUCACGCUGUACUCGCUGCUGCAGGCUGGGCUGCUCGUCGUCAACGCCAUCGCCGUGCUGCACGAGGAGCGCUUCCUCCGCAACGUUGGCUGGGCAAGUGAUCAAGGGAUUGGAGGAUUUGGAGAGGAACCAGGAAUUAAAGCACAGCUAAUGAACCUCAUUCGAUCUGUACGAACCGUUAUGAGAGUGCCAUUAAUAGCAGUGAACUCCGUUACCAUUGUGCUCCUCCUGUUGUUUGGUUGAAGAUACCUGUUGCAAAAUCUUUUGGACAUCCAAAGAAGCAAGUUGCUAGCCAUCACUGCUCUGAGUUUUCUGGGAUCCAGCACGGUUUAGCUGUCGGUUUGACAUUCAACUUAAAAUAAUAAAGACACUGUUUCUAUUUAUCCUAUUUCCUAAUGUUCACUUUCAGUUUCAUUAAACAAGAUAAUGGGAUCAAUGCAACAGUGCUGCAAAUAUACUGGACUGUGACAAGUUCUGUUGCUGCCUGUUAAUCGCGUUGACUGUUAGAGUAUGCGUCAUAAUGUGUUGCAAUGAGUAUCGAUAGGAUGCGGUUUUUAAAUGUCUUGUUACUCAGGGAUGAAUUUCCUUCAAUAUACUUCGCAAAUUAUUCCUAAAUUAAAAAAAAAAAAAAAGUGAUUCUUAUUUCAGUUACUACCACAGUACUGUUUACCACAGACCUCAUUGUGGUCUACAGCUUCCUCACGAGGGGGAGUGGAGAGGCAGGUGCCAAUUUAUUCUCUUUAGUGACCAGUGAUAGGACCUGAGGCAAUGGUGUCAAGCUGCGACAGGGGAGGUUCAGGCUGGACAUCAGGAAGAGGCUCUUCACUGAGAGGGUUGUCGCACACUGGAACAGGCUCCCCAGGGAAGUAGUCACUGCACCAAGCCUAUCUGAAUUUAAGAAGCGAUUGGACUGUGCACUUAGUCACAUGGUCUGAAUUUUUGGGUAGACCUGUGUGGUGCCAGGAGUUGGACUCAAUGAUCCUUGUGGGUCCCUUCCAACUUGGGAUAUUCUAUGAUCCUAUGAUUUAAGGGAAUGUGGAUUAGGCUCCAAACAUGUUAAAAAUUAUUGAAGUCUCGUGAUAGUGAGGGAGAUAAAACCAGAUGGGUAAAUUUCUGAUUCAAUUCAAAUUGGAAGCAGAGUGUUCUUGGUUUGAUUGAGACUGUGAUUUUUCUCUUGGUGUUCGAUAGCCUUUUCAAAUAGGUAAUGUUUGGUGUGAAGCAGAUGAAAAUAGGUGCGACUGCUAUACAAAAUCUAAAAAUCUGUAUGUAAACCGAGGCAACUCUGUGUUUAUUUAGCAGGUGGUAGUAGUGUUUAGCAUUUGUUACUGUUCUGUCAAGCACUGGUUUUUAUUUUUUUUCUAAAUGUGUUAAACCUGCAUGGUGAGUAGUGUGUUGGAAGUGGGGAACCAUUUGUAUUAUGAGUUUCUGGGUAAUGUGGGAGAAUAAUGUUUCCUUUUCAAAUUCUAUUCUUUGUUUUUUUUAUAAAAAAAAAAAAAAGCAAAUUUGCAGACUCAUCAAUUGCUGCUGCUGCUUCUCCCCCUCUCCAUCUGCCUUUGUUCAUUUAACAACUCACUGAAACUAUGGGUAUCAUCUUGUAGUUGUUUCACAGAGAAUAUUGUUAAGGCCUUUGGCAAGGAUCUUGCCUCAGUUAUGGCUGCUGGGUUAGGUCCUGUGUUAAAUAGCAAGGCUGGGUUUAAGAUUACUGAUCCUCAGAUACCUUUUUAGAAAAGUUAGACUUUUUAUGUCUUUUCUGUUCAGCUUUGCUAAAGUGUCUUAAAUUGUUUUAGCUUAUUUUUCAAGUGGAGAAGGCCAAAGGAAACCUAGCAGUUUCAUUAUUUUUAAACAGCUUAGUUUAUCGUCUCUUCUUCUGAUGUCUUGAUGACUAAAGCGUACAUUGUUGUAUACAAAGAUAAAUCUGUAAAAUGUGUAAAUGAACUUAAUGAUCUCCAAUUCCAGUGUUUUGCAGAGCAGACUAUAUCCAGAAGGAGAGUUUAUAUUUCCUUUUUUUAGUGAAAACCUGUAAAUAAAUUUUGAAUUUCU